AUGUCGGGCCGCGUCACAGCCUCGCAGGACGACAAAGCCUACGAGGCGACAUACCACCACCAGUCACCAUUUCAGGGCGCCAUCAAGCUUGGCUCCCAGGGCGCGCUCGUCGGCACCUUCGUCUCCGUCGUUCAGAACGCGCUCGGCACCCACAGCGAGGGUGCGCUCGGCUUUGCCACGCGCUAUGGAGGAAACAUAGGCUUUAUCGCUGCCAUGGGCGCAACUCUUGCGGCGACCGAGGCGUUUGUCGCAAACCAGCGCGAAAAGGACGACGCGGUGAAUGGCCUCGCGGGUGGAUGCGCAGCCGGUUUCUUACUUGGACUACGAAAGCGCUCACUACCCAUCGCCGCCGCUUCAUGCGCCUUCAUGGGAGCCGCAGUGGGCACGUACGAGUACGCUGGGAAUAAACUCGCAGGCGGCCCCGAACUCUCUUACGAGGAACGUCGGAAACGUUUCUUCAAACAGCAUCCAUCCUCGCCGCCAUUGGCACCAACAGACGGCUGA